AACAAUAGAAUUACAUUUCAACAUGGCGCUUUCGAUAGCUUGAAUUUUACACGUGUUUUAUUCAUGUUCUACUCCGAUUUCCUGGUGUUUCUUAUGUGCGAUUUAUGGGUGUAAAAUGUAGUUUUGUACAACAAAAACCGAAAGGCAAAAUCGGUCAUAAACAUGGGGAUCCAGGGCCUACAAUCUUUUGUUGAAAUACAAUGUUCCAACGAAGCAUUGCAAGACAUUGACUUCAAGGAACUAAAUCAAAGUGUAAAUCAUGGCAAAACAGCGGUCACUCCAUCGGUUCUCGUAAUCGAUGCUAUGAGUUGUUUAAAACAUUUUUACGGCUCGAAUACGGACUGGGUUUGCGGUGGGCAGUGGAAUGAACUACUUCGUAAUGUUGAAAACUUUGUUCGGGCAUUUCGGCAAAUUAAUAUUGAACUGGUUGUUUUCUUUGAUGGCGAACAAGACACGGCUAAGAUCCAGAGCUGGAUACAAGAAGAGGAAGAGAAUCGACAAAUAGUUCAUCAGAUUUUAUCGCAUGUACACACCACUUGCACCUUUCCACCAAAAAGACAUUUUUUCGCUCCGAAAAGCGUCUCCACGUGCCUCCGUCUGGCCUUCCGCUGUCGCGAUGUUGUCGUUUGUUCCACUGUAGGGGACUUGCACAAAGAAAUAAUCAAUUACUGUAAGAGGCAUUCGUGUUUAGGAAUUUUGGGUUACCAUUCUGACUAUCUAUUGCUUGAUGCCAUGUCAUAUUAUUCGUCUUCACAUCUCAAAAUGAUAAAGAAGACAGGGGCAACGGCGGUCAAAUUUAACACUGAUGUUAUUUUUCGCGAGCUGGAAUUGGACAGAGAUCGUUUGGCCUUGUUCUCUACAUUACUUGGCAAUUCUUUUCUUCCCGAAGAGUGGCUAGCACAGUUUCAUUGGUCCUUGCUGGGGCCUGAUCACCCCCUGGCCAAGUUGCAGGCACAAGUGGGUAAACAGUUUAUCUUACCACCAUAUGAUGUUGUUGUUCGAAGUGUGGCAAAAUAUGUUCGCGAAUUGGAAGAUAUAUCUGACCUUCAGGCUAUUAUGUUGCAAGUAUUUAGGUCACCUGAGACAACAGAGGCAGAUUUUUUACACAGGUUGCAACGUUCAAUUGCACAUUAUUCUAAUGAUGGCUCUUCUGAUGAAGUAAAAGAAAAUGGCGAGUCGGAGAGUUCAUGUAAUUACCCAACUGUAUCAAAUGUCCCCAAUUCUGAUGUUUUACCUUCUCCAAGUAAUCGGACAAGUGAGUCAAACUAUCAAAAGCGCUGGCAGCAUUGGCAACAACAUCAGUAUGUGCCCAGUGGUGAACUUUUGAAAAUGUCAAAUAAGAUAUCUAAUGGUAUCUCCCCAUCCAAUUCUGAACCAGAUGUUGAAAAGCUUGUUGCAGAUGUCCAGCAACUUCAGUUAAAGGAACUCGAUCUCAAGGGCCCCGACCAACAAGACUUAUUGAGUCCCACCCAAACCCUGUCUGCUCCUGAAACACCCAGUACACCCACCCAGGAAGAAUUUAUUUUGGCUUGUCCUGAUACCCCCGAGACACCUAAAGCCUUUGAUGCUGCAACCAGUCCUAUUGUUUUUCCCCCCACAGAGGAGAGUACAGCAAUUGUUGGUGAUAUACCCAUUGAAGAUCCAGAAUUGCUAGGUGUUACAAUAGAAGCUCCUGAAAUCCCAACAUCACCAUCAGCUUCUACUGAUUCAGAACCUGCACCGUCCAUACCCCCAUCUCAGCUCUCUCCUGCACGGCAGACAAAUGUUUCACCUGCAUCAAGUGAUGAUAAGUCAAAUGAAAAGCCAUUAUCAGCGUUCUAUGCCUUCAUAUCACCUGAAGUACUAAAGACGGCGAAAAAACGUCAUCAGGGUGGACAGAUGAUGGAAAUGGUUUAUCAGGUUUUAUCAAAAGGAGAAAUAAAGCUUAGCGCGGCAUUGGAAGAUGAAAAUCCUAAAGGACGUGUUUCCACGGCUUUGUUAUACCGAAGUGUUCGUCAGCGUGUGUACGGCAUCCUACUGGAUAAAAAACUUUAUGACUCUGCCGGAGCUGAACAGCCACGUACACCGCCACCGUCUAUCAGAGAGUGGUGUAUUUAUGGCGGGAAAAAGUUAGAAAAACCUGAAAUGGUCGAACCCGUUAGCCUAAAAUGGGAUGUCCCUGGGUGUAAACAAUUAUGGCUUGGCACUCAGCCCACUGAUAAUACGAACAGAUUAAAGGCCUUUCUUUCAUGUAUGCUUAGUGAUUCACCCAGCAUGACAAAAACAACUAUGGUACCACAACGCUGUAUUAUACUUUGCUGUGUGUUACGAUAUCUCAUUCAAAAACAGUCUGGCCAUCCAAUCCUUCGUGCCCAGGAACUCGAAGCGUUUCUCGCCCAGGCCCUUUCGCCUCAUCUCACGACAGAAUGCAACGUCACGAACCUCAUUCAAAUUAAAGUCAACAAAGUUGACAUACGUGGAGUGAAUCUCGCCACCAUAUUUAUGCGAGGGGUCGAGACUGCGAUCUUUGCUAACGAUGCAUGUGGCUCUCCAAUUCCAUGGGAUCUUGUCUGCCCUUGGAACUAUUUUGACGGUAAACUCUUCCAGAGUAAAUUGAACAUUACAAGCAGUGAUAGUGCGACGUUAUUGGAUCUCUGUGAUGGCAACAGUUCUCGUGUAGAGAAAUUAGAACGAAUGAAGUGGUGUAUUAUGGAGGGUCUUGGCCAAGACUUCAUGCUAAACGGUUUACCUUCGAACCGUAAUGCUUCGACGAUAAGUCUGCUACCUUCACCGUUCUUUGGUCCAAUCCCCCCUCAUCUUCGUAACGCACCGCCGUUGAGUGCACAAUACGGAAACUCACAGAACCAUCAGAAUAAAUCGCGCGGUCGAGGCAGCAAAAGGCCUGUAUCCGGCUUGGGCGGAACAUUGCAAGUUGCCGGGGUGCCUGUCGCCAAAUUUCAAGGUAACCGAGCUGGUCGCGGAUACAAUCCUAAUCAACAAGUAGUGGUUGGCGGAAGGUCAAGUGUGGAUAUUGGGGAGCAUAAGUCCAGUCUCCGUGGUCGUGGUUCCCGCCAUUCUUCUCAGGGUCGCGGUGUAUCCUGGGCGCCAGACACUGUUGAUAAAGAUUUCGACAGAAGUGCAGGUUAUCGUCCACCCACGUCAAACCAAUCCACGAAUUUAAGUCAGGUUAACGAUUACAUGGACUUCCCGGGGAGCUAUUCCCCUAAGCAACAGCGAGGAAAGAAACGGUCCCACAAAAUCGGUGAUCAAUCACAAACCGGCAUUAACCACCCCGGAGAAAUGAACCCGCCACCAUUGAUGCAUCCUCGAGUGCCGAUGCAGGAUCCCAACCAGAUGUUUGCGAAAAUGCCAGCACAUUUUGGGACUAUGUCCGCCCCUCAUGGUCGAGGUAUGAUGAUGGAACCAUCCCCUGCAAAUAUGGGCUCGCUUAAUCUUAAUCAACGCAAAGGUCAUAUGGUGAACACUCCUCAGAUGAUGGGCGGGGGUGUAAAUCCUGCUGUACCAAAAUACAACAUGAUGCCUGGAUUAGGGCUGGCGAAUACACCAAUACACGAUAAAGCUAUGAUGGGUCGUGGGUGGUGGUGGGAACAAAUGAAACAAGCCCAUCCAUAGGAAUUCUUAUCACGUGCAAAAUUCAUAGUGUUAACGUGCAAGAUUUUAAUCACAUGAGAAAUUCAUAAUAUCGUGUGCAAAAUACUAUUUGCUCACGUGCAAAAUAUCAGUGUUAACGUGAACAUCUAAUUAAUUUCGCGUGAAAAUCGUUUAGUGUUCACGUGCAAAUCCAUAGUGCUCACGUGAAAAUUUUAGUCUUCAUGUGCGAGGUUUGUUAUUCGUGCAAGUUUCAUAUUGUUUACGUGUAAGUUUCAUAGUGUUAAUUCAGUGUGAUGUUUUACAGUUUUAGUUGAAACCAAGUUUUUGCGAAGAUUUAUUUUAAACUCAGUUGGUUUCACGUCUUAUUUUCCAAAAUUUCAGUGAUGUAACUUAAUUGACUUUCAAUGAUUAUCGAUAUGGUAGUUAAAAAAGUUGGAAAACUGACCUACUUUGUUUGUCUUUAUAAUUUUAGUCAACCUGCUUUGAGAGGACGUAUUGAUUAUCAGUUGUUUUGACGUUACCAUCCUUGCUCGAAAAUUAAGUUUCAUCGCUGAAAAUUACGCCGCUGUUUCGUCUCCAUAUAAAUCAAAUUGUUGUGAUUGUUGAUUGCCAUUAAUACAUGUAACUUGGCAGUGCGUAGACGAUAUUUUAUCCCAAUACUGUGACGAAAAGGACUUGGUUUACACUGGCUUGGGAUAAUUAAACUAAUAAAAUAUUUCAACUGAACGGUCUGAACCAUAGAAAA